AUGCCAAACGAUAUCUCGAACAUGUAUGAAACUGAAGAUGAGUCGUUGGAGGUGCUGCUCGAUGAAAUAAAAAAUAAGGAACAGUCUCUUAGAAAUGUUGUGUUCCAGCUCCACAAGUCUUCCGUUCAAGAACAAGCCCAACGAACGACACUUAUUACCAAAGCCGAACAAUACUACCAUCAAGCGAAGGAGAACAUUUUGCAACUCAAAGAUGAUCUUGCACUCUAUGAAGGAAAUAAGAAACAGUUCUAUCAACUGGAAAUGAAGAAAUUGGAAAAGGCUAUUGCUCAGAGUUAUGAUGAUUUGAGCCAGAUGAAACUUCAGAAGAAUGAAAUGAAUGAAAGAGCAACCUCAACAACUCCGAGGGUAACAAAUAUCAGUCCCUCUUCAACCGAAGGAAAGGCAACCACUUCUAACGGGUCAACCACUAAGGUUGGAAAGACGAAAUCUCCAACGCAGAAUCAUCAUGAACUUGACGGUUCUAUUAUUGUUAUGGACGACCACGAAGGAAGUGUUCAUUCAUUUCCACCUCCCAUGCAACAAGGUCAUUCUCGAGUCGAUGAAAUUCUAACUGUCUAUGAUGAAAAUAAUGAAAUUUUAAACAACAUGAUUAGAAUUGGAGAUGAAACGAUCCAGAUUGGAGCAUCGGCUGCUGAAAAGUUACGAGAUCAAUCGAAACGAAUGGACGACAUUCAAAAAAACUUGGACGAGCUCGGGGAUGGCUUAAAGAGAGCGAAAAAGGAGCUGAACGGAUUCAUACGAGGAACAAAUUGCGAUAAGGCAGUGAUAUGUAUUUUCAUUAUUGUUAUUUUACUAAUGGUCGCUGUGAUUAUUGGAUGGCAAGUUGCAAAAUAUGUUUGUAUUAAGGGUGUUACCAACACUUGUGUGGGAGGUUUUUCAAAUUCUUCUUCGUCGUCAUCAUGA